GACUCUCAAGAGAUGUACAUUCUUGAAUCACAUGUCAACCAAAUGUUACCAUUAAUUGACAACGAACUUGAGCGCGUUGAUCGGAAUUAUGCGAAAUUGACAAAGCUAUCUACCCAGCUUGUGGAAGCAAUUAAUAUGUAUCACACGUUGAUGCGUGAGUCUGACAUGCAAGCGCAAUAUGCUUCAUUCAGGCAACAAUCCGGACCAAUUUUCAGCAAUAAUGGAAUGUAUAAUCCGUACUCGCAGCAUGUGAUUCCGUCGCUGCCGAAUAUUAUACAAAAUCAACAAAAUCAAGCCGUUCAACACGAUAAUACACAACAUUUACAACAAAUUCAACCACAAUACCAUCAACCUGUGCUUCACAAUGUUCAUGUUUCACAUAUGGGAUCGUACUAUGGGGUUGCACCCCCAGGAUCAACUUUUAAUAACCAGCAUACAGCACCGCAUUCUGUGCUCAUCAAUCAAGAUCCAAAUACAGUUAUGACGACGCAAGUGCAACAAGGUGUACAACAGUCGGAUAUAAUGUAUCAACAGCGUUAAUAUUUCUAUAUAAAGCCAAAAAGUUAAUCAAGAUGACGAACUCGCCAUGCGAAAUAAAAUUGAAAAUUUCAAAUUUAUUUUUUGCCUCAUCUAUACGUCAUAUCGUAAUGGUUUCGAGAGCAAUUAUUUGUAUCUUGGGAUAACCAACCGUAUAUAACACAUAGCUUGCCCCAAUCAAAGUAACCGAGGCGCUAAAAAUGAAAAUUAUUUUUUUUCCUAUGCAAAAAUAUUACGAAUUUCUUGUAUGCAAAUAAUUUUUUUAGAUGAAUAUAAUUUUUAUUUGCAUUAAAGAAUAAUUUGGUAAUCACCACACGAUUUUUGCAUGCAAAACAAUUGACCGGCAAUUGUUUUGCAUGACAAAAAAAUCGCAUUCACUUCGAAAAUUUUGUCGAGCGGAGAUUUUUGCAUAGACAUUUUUUUCGAACGGCGAACUGUAAACUAGGCUUAAAUCUUUCCAUUGUUAUUUCAAUAAAGAAAUUUCAAUAUAUUAUAAUAUGAAUAUAUAUUAAAUAAAAAAUAAUAUAAUAAUAAAAACAAUUACAUUCGUAAUCCCGAA